AUGGCAUCUGCUAUCGCACACGAGGCUUCCUGUAUUUUUUGCAAAAUCAUCAAAGGUGAUAUUCCAUCUUUCAAACUGCUCGAAACCGCCCACUCCUAUUCCUUUUUGGAUAUUCAACCGACUGCUAAGGGCCAUCUUCUAAUUAUUCCUAAAUACCAUGGCGCUAAGUUACACAAUUUGCCAGAUGAAUAUUUAGCUGACCUAUUGCCUGUUGCUAAGAGAUUGGCAAUUGCGUUAAAUUUAAACAUCGAUUCGCCACAAGGUGACGGCUAUAAUAUUUUACAAAACAACGGUAGAAUUGCCCACCAAGUUGUUGAUCACGUCCAUGUCCAUUUGAUUCCAAAAAGAGAUGAAGAAACUGGUUUAAUUGUAGGAUGGCCUUCAGUUGAUGCUGAUAUGACUGAAUUAGGCGAAUUUGCAAAGGAGUUACAAGCAAAGUUGAACUGA